UGGUGGUGAUCAUGGCGUUGGAAACGGUACCUAAGGAUCUGCGGCACUUGAGGGCUUGCUUGCUGUGCUCAUUGGUCAAGACUAUUGACCAGUUUGAGUUUGAUGGUUGUGACAACUGUGACUCCUAUCUCCAGAUGAAGGGGAACCGUGAGAUGGUUUAUGAUUGUACCAGUUCUUCUUUCGAUGGCAUUAUUGCAAUGAUGAGUCCCGAGGACAGCUGGGUCUCCAAAUGGCAACGGAUCAGUAAUUUCAAGCCAGGCGUGUAUGCUGUGUCAGUGACUGGCCGUCUGCCCCAAGGCAUCGUAAGGGAAUUGAAGAGCCGUGGAGUGGUCUACAAAUCUCGGGAUACAGCCAUAAAGACCUAAAAAUAUAUAGUUCCUCAAAUAUUAUGUCUUUCCAGCUUCCUUUUCUUGUAGAUGCUGCCAUAUGGACAAUUCUAUAGAUAUGGAGAAUGAUUUCUACAUGGAUCGGAUUUUUAUUAAGGACUCAGGGGCUGCCUAUUUGUGGCUUCAUUUUUCUAGCUUUGAGCUAGAUAUGAAGAAAGGGGGGGGGGGUUCCUGAAGGACUUAAGAGGUGACAGUAAUUCCCAAAUGUUUCUGAUUUCUCUUAGCUGUUUUUAAUAAAUUUGGUCAUAGCAUCAGAAAUCUGUGCUCUGGCUUUUGCUGUUAAAAGUUUUUUGUCUUUCUGUAGUAGAUGAUGUGUUCUAGCCUGCCUGGUCUCAAUUUGUAGGAUUUUCUCUGAGAGGAGAACUACAUAUUCCAUGAAAGACAGGUAAGAUUUUUUUUCUAUCUUUCAUGGAAUAUGUAGUAGUAUUUUUGAUUCAAGAUAUCCAUGUUAGUUAAAUUUUUAAACAGCCUUUUCCUCACUUGGCCAUAUUUUUGCAUAAGGAAGCACAAGAACAUUUCUGAAUCAACUUAUUUUUUUUAAUGCACUGAACUGUAAAUUAACCAAAUGGCUUGGGUUCAGUCAACAUACUGAGCCAUUAAAAUUG